UUUUUUUCCCCAACCCAUUCCUUUCUUCACUAAAAUUGAACCAAACAAGGCUUAAGAGUCCUACGACGACCAUCAAAUUCUCUCUACACAUUUUGCUGCUGGGGUGACUUUCCCUUUCCAUGCACUCUUCACUCCACAACAAUUUCCCAAUUACAAUCUUCAAACAAUUUGAUCUUUCAAUUCACAGAAUUUACCAAAUCACAAGUUGAUAAUUUAAUCAAAUUCUUUCAAUCAUGGCGAUGACAGUAGAAGGCUUUGUGGGCUUGCCUUUACGUUUUCAGUCAGUAUCAUGUUGCAGAUACUGGCUUGUGCAAUUUACAGUAACUGGUGGCCUUUGUUGUCAGCUCUAAUGUAUGUGGUAGUUCCUAUGCCAUGCAUGUUCUUUGGAGGUGGCUCCACGCAAUUCUUAGUAAGUCGAGAUGGUGGAGGUUGGAUAGAUGCUGCUAAGUUCUUGACGGGAGCUUCUGCCGUGGGAAGCAUUGCAAUUCCUAUGAUUCUUAGACAUGCAUAUCUGAUAGAGACAGGAGCUAUGCUCAUUGAAUUAGCAUCUUUCUUCUUAUUUGUCUGUACUGUCUUGUGCUUUCACCGUGCUAGCCUUGAUGAUGAAUGGUAGGGAGCAAUUAAAUAUUGAGCUAUCUGGAGUUGAUAGAAACAGAAGGCUUUCAGUAUCUGUUGUUGGUAGCCGCUGGAAGAAAGCGGUGUGAUAUGAACUGUACACUGGUACAUAAAGAAGCUUUAGUAAUUUACAUUCUCGUGUCCAGCAAAUGUAUAUUUUGGGUUGUGGUGUUUAUUGAAGCAACAUACUAAUUCUUGUAUUAUCUUAUUUCCUGGAUCCGUUGUUGAGUUCAUUCUUGAAGCUAAUGUAUCAAUUCAAGGCUGUGGUGUUUAUGUGAAGCAAGAUUUCUCAUUUUACCAAAGCUGAACUUAAUUCCUGAA